AUGCCACUCACCAGAACAAUGCGCAGAGAAGCCAGCUGGGAGAAGGAGCGAGUGGAGGCGGUGUCCGUGGGGGCCAUCCUGUCGGACUACCAGAGGGUCCGGGUGGAGAACGUAUGCGCGCGGCUCGGUUUGCAGCCCCUGUCCUACCUGUGGAGGAGGGACCAGGAAGAGCUGCUGUCGGAGAUGAUAUCGGCUAACGUCCACGCCAUCCUCAUCAAAGUGGCUGCAUUUGGUUUGGAUCCUGAGAAGCACUUGGGGAAAUCCUUGGCUCAGAUGCAGCCCUAUCUCCACCAGCUCUCAAAGAAGUACGGCGUCCAUAUUUGCGGAGAAGGAGGGGAGUAUGAAACCUUUACCCUGGACUGCCCCCUGUUUAAAAGGAAGAUUGUGAUCGAUGCGAUGGAGACGGUGAUCCACUCAGCAGACGCCUUCGCUCCGGUCGGAUACCUGCGCUUCAACCAAAUGCAUACAGAGAACAAAGACACAAAUGGUGCAGCCAGCAGUUCAGCCUGUGGUACGUGUCCUUGCCGGAGAGCCAUUGACAGCAUGACGGAGGAGGAGGAAUAUGCUGAUCAAGUCCAAGACAAGCACCCGGAAUCUGCAUCAGGCGCUGACCUCAGCUGUCAGAGGGGCCGCGAUAUGGUUCCAUGUUGGUCACAAAGGAGUCCCUCGGGGUUCCAGUGGCUCAGUGGCAUCAGUGGUCUCCAGUGUGACGAGCAGAACGUCCAGGCCCAAACAUCUGCAGCUUUCAUCCAACUACAGGGAGAGCUGGACAGUAAAGGCUGGAACAUCCGUGACAUCGUCCUGCUGCAUCUCUAUGUGAGCGACAUGGACCACUUUGCAGACAUCAACUCGGUCUACAAGAACCACUUUGGAAUCAACCCUCCCGCCAGAGUGUGUCUCCAGGUGCCCCUCGGUGCAGGACAGCUGCUGCAGAUGGACUGUCUGCUUCACGCUUGGACCCACUCAGCAGUGGCCCCUGUCGUGGAGGAGAGACGCAGAGAGGCCCUCCAUGUCCAGAGCCUGUCCCACUGGGCCCCUGCCAACAUCGGGCCCUACAGCCAGGCCUACCGGGUGAACGACACAGUGUUGUGCGCGGGUCAGAUCGCCCUGCGCCCCUGCACCAUGGAGCUGCUCCAGGCCGGCUCGUCAGCGCAGGCGCGCCUCGCUCUCUCACACGUGAGACAGGUGCUCCAGGCCGCGCUUCCUGGGCUGACCCUGCAUCACGUCCUGCAGGCGCACUGCUACACCACCAGGCCCGCGGACACUCACCUCAUCCAGGACACGUGGAGGCGAGUGCUGGAGACCGAGAGCGCGGACGAAGACAUAGAGUGGCCUUCAGACCUUGUCCCCUGCCCCUUGUCCAUCGCAGUGGUCCCGGCUUUACCCAAAGGCGCGUGGGUGGAAGUGCACGUGACCGCGGUCCAUGACGAUCCCAGCCACAGGACGUUCCAUCAGCUGACCUCCACCUCUGGGGACGUGGAGUGUCGCGCCGUGAGAUCGGCCGACGGCACACGGGCCUCUCUGAGUUUGUCCUUGUUUGGGAAGGGCCAAAGGGAAGCAGAGCAGUCGAGCGCAGUACGAGACAUCACAGAGACGUUCAGGAGAGCCGUGGAGGAGCUGGGGCCUGAGCUGGUGCCGCUGUGCGCGAGGGUCUUCUACAGGCGGGACAGGGCGCAGGCGAGGGAGGCAGUGGAAGGACUAGCAGACACAUGGUCCGCUUGUUUGGGUCAGUCUGCACCUGCUCUGUCUGCUGUCCCAGUGCUGGAGCUGAGCGAGGCCCGGCUCCUGCUGCUGUCCUGCUGGCUCACCUCUUAA